CCCCAACAGCCAACACUCUCUUUUACCUCGACCUCCUCCUCGCCCUCCAUUCUCCGGUCCCUAAUACCCUCUAUUUUCUUACUAGACCUCCUUUAUUACCUGGACUGGGAGCCUCGUCAUUCGCAACGACUUUCACGAUGUUAAUAUCGCCCCUUUCGCUCCUUGCCUUAUGGCUAGCAACAGCCUCGGAAACCAGCGCGCAGAGCGCCGGCUCUAUUGUAGAGGUCGGCGAUACACUAGUCAGCGCAAUGAUGAUGUUCCUCGGUAACGAAGAGAAGGUCUACAUCAUCGACAAAGUAGAGGGUAAUGCAGCGCAGAUCGACGGCCACCCAGCAUCGGCCUCAGUAUGGGACAUCAACUCGCGUACCGCGACGACCAUGAAUCUCGUCACGAACGCUUUCUGUGCGUCAGGAAUGCAUCUACCGAACGGCUCAUACGCUACCUUCGGUGGAAACGGCGCCAUCGGCCCUGGAGGCAACAUCGGUUCACAGCGGAAUGCUGCUGGCUCCGGUGCGUACGACGAGACCUACCAAGACUACGACGGCACGAAAGCCAUCCGUGUCAUCAACCCCUGUACGAGCUCCGACAACUUCGCAUCAGCAGACUGCCAAUGGUUCGACAACCCUGCUGUCCUUAGUAUGCAGAAGCAGCGAUGGUACUCGGCCGCUGAGGCGAUGGGUGAUGGAACGGUUGUUCUCAUCGGUGGUUUCGUGAACGGUGGUUACAUCAACAGGAACUAUCCCAACACCGAUCCGGCUUACGAGGGAGGUGCUGCUGAGCCGACGUACGAGUUCUACCCCAGCAAUGGGAAGGAACCGCAAGUCAUGCAGUUCAUGAUCAAGACUUCCGGUCUUAACGCCUAUGCCCACACAUUCAUGAUGCCCUCCGGCAAAAUGUUCGUGCAGGCCAACAUCUCUACGAUGCUCUGGGACCCGAACACUAACACCGAGACGCCUCUCCCCGACAUGCCUGGCAACGUUGUUCGUGUUUAUCCUGCCUCGGGUGCGACUGCCAUGCUCCCGCUGACUCCCGCCAACAACUGGAACCCUACGAUCAUCUUCUGCGGCGGUUCUGACAUGAACGAUGAGCAGUGGGGUAAUUACUCCUUCCCUAACAUCAACACCUGGGACUACCCCGCAUCUAAGGACUGCCAGCGCAUCACUCCUGAACCUGAGGAUGGCUCGUCGCCAGUAUACGAACAGGAUGAUGAUAUGCCGGAAGGUCGCACCAUGGGUCAGUUCAUCGCUCUCCCCAAUGGCAAGAUGCUCGUCGUCAACGGUGGCCUUAAUGGAACUGCUGGCUACUCCACCGCGACCACAGAGACUCCCAACUACAGUGACAUGCCCUACGGUAUGUCGCUGGCUGCUGGCCCCGUGUUGACUCCCGCUAUCUACGACCCCACCGCACCCAAGGGCUCGCGUUGGUCUCGUGACGGUCUUGGCUCGUCCACCAUCCCUCGUCUUUACCACUCGUCUGCUAUUCUGCUUCCUGACGCUUCGGUUAUGAUUGCUGGUUCCAACCCCAACGUCGAUGUCAACUUGAGCACCGUUUUCCCCACAACUUACAAGGCCGAGAUCUUCUACCCCCCUUACUUCUCCGCUUCUACCCGCCCCUCCCCCUCUGGUAUUCCCAAGACUAUCUCAUACGGGGGCGACUACUUCGACAUUACCAUCCCCGCAUCCAGUUACUCUGGAUCCGCCAACGACGCCGCUGACAACACCACGGUGAUGCUGAUGCGUCCUGGUUGGACAACCCAUGCCAUGAACAUGGGUCAGCGCGCUCUGCAACUCAACAACACGUAUACCGUAAACUCCGAUGGAUCCAUCGUAUUGCACACCGCACAAGCCCCUCCUAAUGCAAACCUAUUCCAACCCGGUCCCGCCUUAGUGUUUGUCGUUGUCAACGGCAUUCCCAGCAAUGGUACAAUGGUUACCGUAGGCAACGGCCAGAUCGGCACGCAACCUACCAGCGCAGCAAGUUCUCUGCCUGCCAACGUCCGCCUGGAUUCCGCCAAGGGAACAGGUAGCGGCUCGAGUGGCAGUGGCGACAAGGACAGCUCUGGAAGCUCUACCCACACUGGUGCAAUCAUCGGCGGGAUUGUUGCCGCGAUCGCUGUCGUAGGCGUCAUCGGUGCGUUAUUCGGUAUUUGCAUGGCCCGGAGAAGGCGAGCUGCGCGUGCUGGGAACACAUCCGCUGCGUAUGCAAUGAGCUCGACGGGGGCGUCAAUGCCCAUGGGCCAUGCGGGUGUUCGUACGAGUGAUUCAAGCGCGUUCAUGCCCUUGAAACAGGAUAAUUCAAGUAUGGCUUGGGGGAACCAGAGUAAUGUGAGCCUAGCAGAUCCGCACUAUCGAGACGAAAUGAGUCCGGGGUAUUCGGGUGGAGGGUAUGGGCAUCAGCAACCGAGUGGGGAGUACGAUCCGUACUACCAACGGCGAUGAGUGAAGUGAGUUUUGGCUGACGGAAUCUAUGUGUUGGUUUUGUUUUCGUGUACUGAUUUAUUUCUUUUGUCUCGCAACUCUUGCUGCUAUCGUGUCCCUGCUCUUUUCCUCUAGCAUUGUGGUAUAAUGCCUUGUGUACAGCUCUGGACCAUCUAUUCCUCAUCUGUUUCGGUGCCCUCACAUUCCCCCGCGUUCUCGGAUCGGACUUCUUGGAUAGUGUUACGACCCCUGCACGGAUACAUUCACCCGCCCCACCACACUCUUUUUGGACUGUCUGUCGUUUCUGUCGUUUCCUCCCUUUUCUUGUGGGCACAUUACUCUCUCCCCGUCACAUGCAUGGACAAUUUCUAGUACUAUCAUAGCAUCUUAUAUCAAUCGCUUGCUACAAGCGGGAAUGCGCCAAGGAGCGUUGUGGAAUAUAUAGAACGGGCUGCUCUUGUGCAAAUAAAAUAAUUGGAACCAC